UAAUUCUGUCAAGAUCUAAUAUUUUUUUUAUCAUGAAUAAUAUCAGCACCAACUGUUCUACACCAAGAACUUUAAAUUCUUCAUCUAUUUAGCUCAAGCAUCUUUGCAUGUCAAAGAGAAUAGUGAUCUUCCUACAAAUGCAGCUUUUCGGCAUCGAUGGCCUCAGAUUCCUGCGUCACCUCUCAUGGCUCCUCCGUGGGUUCAAGAGCUCCAUUUCUCCGACCUCCACAUCCCCAUCACCAUCGAUCAUAUGGUUCCCGUCAUGCCCUCGUGGCCUACUCCCGCGGCUCCCGGGAAAACCCUUUACCUUUCGAACCUCGAUGAUGUGGUUGGAUCUCGUGUUUUCACUCCCACCGUGUAUUUCUAUGCCUCCGAUGACCAAAAACCGGUUAUGAAAACACUGCAGGAUGCUCUUGCUUGUGUUUUGGUUCCGUACUACCCUUUAUCGGGUAGGCUGAGAGAGACUGGAAAUGGAAAGCUAGAAGUGUUUUUCGGGCAAGACCAAGGAGCUCUCAUGGUGGAGGCGCACUGUGAAAUGUCCUUGGCUGAACUCGGGGACCUCAAAGUGCCAAACCCGGCAUGGACGCCACUGGUCUUUAGGUUUCCCAACGAAGAGCCAUACAAAGUGCUUGACAUGCCAUUGCUGAUAGCUCAAGUGACUCUUUUCCGCUGCGGCGGGUUUAGCCUUGGCUUGAGAAUCUGCCACUGUAUUGUCGACGGGAUUGGUGCUAUGCAAUUUCUCAGCUCCUGGGCUGCCACCGCCAAAGCCGGCACAUUGAUCUCAAACCCUACGCCGUGUUGGGACCGGGAAAUUUUCCGGCCUCGUGAUCCACCGCUGGUUAAAUUCCCACACAUUGAGUACAUGAGAAUUGAUGACGGAUCAAGUCUCACAAUGAGUCUCUGGCAAACCAAAGCUGUUCAAAAGUGCUAUAGAGUAAGCCGUGAAUUUCAAACCUGGCUGAAAACUUCGGCGCAACCAAGUGAUGACAUGUCGAGCACUUGCAGCACUUUUGAUGCUAUGGCCGCUCACAUAUGGAGAUCAUGGGUGAAAGCACUCGAUGUGAAGCCGUUAAACUACGAGCUCAGGCUAACAUUCUCCGCCAACGCGCGGCAGAAGCUUAAGAACCUGCCGGUAAAAGAAGGGUAUUACGGAAAUGUAGUGUGCCUUGCUUGUGUCACAAGCACUGUGAGAAACCUUGUGUAUGGAAGGCUUUCGGACACAGCACGUUUGGUUCGCGAAGCCCGGCUUGGCAUCUCCGAAGAGUACCUGAGAUCGACGGUGGAUUAUGUCGAAGUGGACAGGCCAAGGAGGCUGGAAUUUGGAGGCAAAUUGACAAUAACUCAAUGGACAAGGUUUUCAAUCUAUGACUCAGCUGAUUUUGGAUGGGGAAGGCCAAUAUACGCCGGUCCUAUAGACCUCACUCCGACGCCACAAGUUUGCGUUUUCUUGCCGGAAGCCGAGGCUGAGCAGAGCGGGACAAUGCUUGUGUGCAUUUGCUUGCCGGAAUCUGCCACAAAAAGCUUCACACAGCUUUUGUCCCUCACAGAGAGUCCGGGUGACCAAAGUGUUAAUUAGCUAAAUUGAUCAAACACUUGGCAUUAUUUGUCCCUUGGAUUUACCUACCAUCCAACAACAUAUAUGCGAUUCUACAUUCACCACUUAAUUUCGGAAAUACAUCAUUAUUCUUUGGCUUAA